AUGCGCGGUCGCCUUUGUGUGGGUCGAGCGGCGGCGGUGGCGGCGGCAGUGGCGGUCCCACUGGCAGGCGGGCAAUAGGCGAGUCCGGGCGGUGUCCGGCGUGGGAGCCGGGGGACCACCAUGGUAAAGAAGCGGAAAGGCCGCGUGGUGAUCGACUCGGACACGGAGGACAGCGGCAGCGACGAGAACCUGGAUCAGGAACUCUUGUCCCUGGCAAAGCGGAAGCGCAGUGACUCUGAGGAGAAAGAGCCACCUGUGAGUCAGCCUGCAGCCUCAUCAGACUCUGAGACUUCAGACAGUGAUGAUGAGUGGACAUUUGGGAGCAAUAAAAAUAAGAAGAAAGGAAAAGCCAGAAAAAUAGAGAAGAAAGGAACAAUGAAGAAACAGGCCAACAAAACUGCCUCCUCAGGCAGUUCAGACAAAGACAGUUCAGCUGAGAGCUCAGCCCCUGAGGAAGGUGAAGUGUCAGAUUCUGACAGCAACAGCUCCUCUUCUAGUUCAGAUUCAGACUCCUCCUCAGAAGAUGAAGAGUUUCAUGAUGGCUAUGGAGAAGAUCUCAUGGGAGAUGAGGAAGACAGGGCCCGUCUAGAGCAGAUGACAGAGAAAGAGAGAGAGCAAGAACUUUUCAAUCGAAUAGAGAAGAGGGAGGUGUUGAAAAGAAGAUUUGAAAUCAAGAAAAAACUAAAAACAGCCAAAAAGAAAGAAAAGAAAGAAAAAAAGAAAAAGCAAGAAGAGGAGCAGGAAAAGAAAAAGCUGACACAGAUUCAGGAAUCUCAGGUAGGAGAUUAUUUGGUUCUCAUUUGUCUGGAGUCUGAGCUCCUCACCAAAAAACAGCCAUUAAAAACCAGUGAGGUCUACUCUGACGAUGAAGAGGAGGAAGAGGAUGACAAGUCUAGUGAAAAGUCAGACCGCUCAUCUCGAACAUCUUCAUCUGAUGAGGAAGAAGAGAAAGAAGAGCUCCCUCCAAAAUCACAACCAGUUUCCUUACCUGAAGAAUUGAAUCGGGUUCGAUUAUCACGGCAUAAGCUAGAACGGUGGUGUCAUAUGCCCUUCUUUGCUAAAACUGUCACAGGAUGUUUUGUACGGAUUGGCAUUGGAAACCACAACAGCAAACCAGUUUACCGGGUGGCUGAGAUUACGGGUGUUGUGGAAACUGCCAAAGUUUACCAGCUAGGUGGCACCAGAACAAACAAAGGGCUACAACUACGGCAUGGCAAUGACCAGCGCGUGUUCCGCCUAGAGUUUGUCUCAAACCAGGAAUUCACUGAAAGUGAAUUUAUGAAAUGGAAAGAAGCGAUGUUCUCUGCUGGCAUGCAGUUGCCUACCCUAGAUGAAAUCAAUAAAAAGGAAUUAUCUAUUAAAGAAGCUCUUAAUUAUAAAUUCAAUGAUCAGGACAUUGAAGAGAUUGUAAAAGAGAAAGAAAGGUUCAGAAAAGCUCCACCCAACUAUGCUAUGAAGAAGACUCAGCUGCUAAAGGAAAAGGCCAUGGCUGAGGACCUGGGGGAUCAGGACAAGGCCAAACAAAUCCAGGACCAGCUGAAUGAGCUGGAGGAGCGGGCAGAGGCCCUGGACCGCCAGCGGACCAAGAACAUAUCUGCUAUCAGUUACAUCAACCAGCGGAACCGAGAGUGGAACAUUGUGGAGUCUGAGAAGGCGCUGGUGGCUGAAAGUCACAACAUGAAAAACCAACAAAUGGAUCCCUUUACUCGGCGGCAGUGCAAACCUACCAUCGUUUCUAAUUCCAGAGACCCAGCUGUUCAAGCUGCCAUCUUGGCCCAGCUGAAUGCGAAAUACGGUUCUGGAGCACUACCAGAUGCUCCAAAGGAAAUGAGCAAGGGUCAGGGCAAAGAUAAAGAUUUGAAUUCUAAGUCAGCCAGUGACCUCUCAGAAGAUCUGUUCAAAGUACAUGAUUUCGAUGUGAAGAUUGAUUUACAAGUUCCCAGCUCAGAAUCCAAGGCUUUAGCCAUCACCUCCAAGGCUCCGCCAGCCAAGGAUGGGGCUCCAAGGAGAUCUCUGAACUUGGAAGACUACAAGAAACGACGAGGGCUUAUUUGAGUGCACCCAGCCUGCUGCUUCUGACCCUGCAUGCCCCAUCACAGUGUCCCACCUUUCCUCUUUUCCUUUGAUUUGCCCUUUUCGGGCUGGAGCAGCAGUAGAACUGGGAAGAGACUGCAAACUGCCAGUUAUCUGUAAUAUAAACCAUUUGCUGUAUAGACCUCCCUUGUCUACACACCAUCUCCUACCAGCCCUGUGGGCCCUAGCCAGUAUGGAUCUGGGCUCGUGGGCAUUAUCCAUGUCUUUAGAUUUGUGUUUGCUUUUUAUUUUUUGUUUUGUUUUGUUUUUUGUUUAUUUGUUUUCUUUUUAACCAGCACAGUUCAUUGGCCACUCUGCACGCAUUCAGUAUUACCAUGGAGCUGGGAUUCUUGCUGGAGCCCCUGGUGGCAAUCGCAGCAGCACUGGGCAGUCUCCUCUUGCAGACUGCCUUGGACCCAUCCAUUGAACAUUGGCACCUGACCCUGUGGAGGGAGCGGGGAUUGGGCACCUGCAGUCCUCCUUCCUCUCUCCUCAUCUUUCUCUUCUUCCCAUCUCUGUGGAAGAGGGGCUUUCAAAAACCAGUUUAGUUUCCAAAAGUGUACAUUUGUGGGGAGGGUGGGGGGGUCUAAUUUGAGAGAGAGAGAGUGUAUGUAUGUGUAUGUGUGUGGAUUUUUUUAUCAUUUUUUAAAAAUGCAGUACUCUUUGUAUCAGUCUGUCAUGGGUCUAUAGCUGUUUCAGAUUUUUUUCAGCUGUACUUGAGCAUCUGAAACUGCAAGAAAGAAACUCAUUAAAUGUGAUUCUUCUUACUAAACAGGCCUGACUGCUGUAGCUGUGUAACUUCCCCUCCCCUCCCUCCUCUUCCCCAUCACCUCCCACCUUGGAGAAAAUCCCCCAGUUUAGCCCCCUGCCCUGCAGGCUGUGUCCUGGAAGGUGGGAGGGAAGCCCAGGGCCAGGUACCAGGGAGGGCAGUGAAGGUGUCUUACUCACCCCAUGUACAGCCCACAGCUUCUUGGCCAGACAUAGAUAUGUCUUUUUCUCACUCAGUAUACCUGUCUCUUCCUAGUGAUUCUGUUUUGCUGUUGUGGCGAGAAUAACAUUUUGUUUUUUAAGAGAAAUUAUUCAACAUGAAUGUGGAGAGUAAACACAAAAAGAUAUAGGUUGCAAGUGUUACGAGCAUGUGCAGUUUGUGUGUGUGUGUGUGUGUACAUAUAUAUAUGGCAAGCAUAUAUAUUGUUGUGCAGUGGGGGUGGAGCCAGCAAAGGGGUGUGUGUGUCUUUAUGAAAUGUUUGAAAGCGAUAAGCUGACUGCUUGAUAAUCAUUCUCAGGUGUAAAGCUCCAAGUGUAAAUAAGAGUGGCAUUUAACAAAUCUUUUCAGAACAAAGUACAGCUGACUAUAUAUACCAAGAACUAAGCUAAAGGAACAGCUGAGAGCUGCCUAUUUCCACAAGAGGGAGAGGAAUCUGAAAGUUCUGCUUUGUACUUCUUCGCCCUACUUUUGUAUAAGGAAGGGGGAUGAUGGGAAAUCAUGGAGUUAUGUCGUAUUUAAACAUAAAAAUGAACUUGGUAACUCUUCUGAGUUUAGUAGAGCCUCACUGUUGCUUUAACUUAGUUUACAUUUUUUUAUUUUUUAAAAAGCAGCAAAGGAUGGUUUUAAAGUAUUGUGACUGUGUAAAAUUGAUAAAUAUGACUGUAACACAGCUAUGUGGUAGCUGUGACACAGUUCAGUUGGGCAAAGGAGUGGUGAUGGACUCAUUAAAAUCAUAUAUACUUGAAUAGUCCAUUGACCAGAACUCUUUAUAGACUAUUGUGUAAAUGUGGAAUCACAGACUGUUAAACAUUGCCUGGACUCCAGCAGAGUCCUGGAGCCACUGGGACCUCUCCUAUCAUGAUGAACUUGGACUUUUUUCUUUAUGGUUUUAAAUGACAUAAAAUCAUAGAAUCCAGAUAAUUUGCUGGAGUCAUUCUGAUCCACCAUGUAGAUCUGUAUUUAGUAUCAUUUGGAUUUGGAGAAGUGUCAAUUACAUUAUGGCUGUGUAAUAAAAUUUUUAUUAAAACUGCA